AUGUUCAACAGCAGCUCCGCCAGCCACUUCCUCCUGCUGCCAUUGGCAGACACGUGGCAGCUGCAGCUCCUGCACUUCUGCCUCUUGCUGGGCAUCUCCCUGGCUGCACUCCUGGGCAACGGCCUCAUCAUCAGCGCCGUAGCCUGUGGCCACCACCUGCACACGCCCAUGUUCUUCUUCCUGCUCAACCUAGCCCUCAGCGACCUGGGCUCCAUCUGCACCACUGUCCCCAAAGCCAUGCACAAUUCCCUCUGGGACACCACCACCAUCUCCUACUCAGGGUGCGCUGCACAAGUACUAAUGCUCAUCUUUUUCAUUUCAGCAGAAUAUUUCCUCCUGACCAUCAUGUGCUAUGACUGCUACGUGUCCAUCUGCAAACCCCUGCACUAUGGGACCCUCCUGGGCAGCAGAGCUUGUGCCCACAUGGCAGCAGCUGCCUGGGCCAGUGCCUUUCUCAUUGCUCUGCUGCACACAGCCAAUACAUUUUCCCUGCCUCUGUGCCAUGGCAAUGCCCUGGGCCAGUUCUUCUGUGAAAUUCCACACAUCCUCAAGCUCUCCUGUGCACACUCCUAUCUCAGGGAAGUUGGACUUCUUGCUGUUAGUGCCUGUUUAGAACUUGUAUGUUUUUUGUUCAUUGUUUUCUCCUAUGUGCAGAUCUUCAGGGCUGUGCUGAGGAUCCCUUCUGAGCAGGGACGGCACAAAGCCUUUUCCACCUGCCUCCCUCACCUAGCUGUGGUCUCCCUGUUUGUCAGCACUGCAGUAUUUGCCUACCUGAAGCCCCCCUCCACCUCUUCCCCAUCCCUGGAUCUCUCAGUCACAGUUCUGUACUCGGUGGCGCCUCCAGUCCUGAACCCCCUCAUCUACAGCCUGAGGAACCAGGAGCUCAAGGAUACCCUGAGAAAAUUGAUGACUCUAUAUUUUCAGAAGCAUUAAACUCUCUCUUUUCUGCUGCAGAUCCCUUAGCAUGUAA